AUGAGAUCGAACUCACUUCGACAGUCGCUUCGUCUCAAUAUUGAACCCUCCUCAUGUAACUCGGAAUCACCGAUUCUAAUGGUCUCGCCUUGUUCGUCACGCAUUGGUGUAGGCAGUGCGGGUACGACCCCGGCCAGUAGCCCAGGGGUCAUUAUCUGUUCCGUCCUCUGUCUCUACGACUUCGACUCCGAUGGACCCGACUUGCUUCCGUUCCGUAAAAGUGAGAUCUUGGAAGUGGUAAAGCAGGAAACAACGGGCUGGUGGGCUGCCAUGCGAAAGAAUGGGGAUGUUGUCGGCUGGAUUCCAGAAGCAUUUGUUAUCCCACUCGCGAAGGAAAUGGCAGAGCGGUUACGUAGGGUGUGUCAGGAAUCACGGAUCUACGAAUACGAAGCGGAGAACCUUAGCAAUCCCGCCCCCGUCUCGCAACUCCACGAACCGGGAGUGCUGUCUUCGUCAACCCACCGUCGGAGACCCGAGGAAAGGAGGCGUGCCUCUUCACCCUUGCUACCCUCUCAUCACGCCCCUCAACAACCUCAAGAUGAUCUACAUCCCUGUGAAACCCUGAAACAUAACUCGUUGGCACCCCCUCCCCAACCAAUAGGGCCCCAACCACCACCUUCUCCAUCCGAACCAAUGCCACAGCCUCCUUUACGAUCUGCACCAUUAAACGGGUACGCAUCCCUCCUACCAACAGACCAAGUGGAGAAUCGCCCACGCCCCGGCUUGUUCUCCAGUAGGAGUCUGCGGCGGCACCAAAUUACGCUAGAUGACCAUACCACACUUUCGGAACUAUCGAUGGUUCUGGGACCUACCAACACCGGGGGGUCUGAUAGAAUCGCAAGCCCUGACAUCGCUUGUUCUUCCGAAGUCCUUUCUCAACAUUCUCGUUCCAGUAAGGUCAGACGCAGGAAUGAAAGUCACGAUGCACGAUUUCCCAACAGUUCCUUUCAGCUUGUUGGGAACAUACCCCGAUAUCUGCGGUCGACCCAUUCUGAUCAGCUUGACUUGGACUGUGAUGGCAAUGUCCGCUCAGGAACGCUGGUCGCAAUGAUCGAAAAACUUACAACUGAAUCCGUUGCUCAGGACCUAUCCAUCCCUUUUUCAACAAUGUUUCUUGCAACAUUCAGGACAAUCACUACUCCAGACAUUCUUUUUGAACUGCUCUUAGAAAGGUUUCGGAUGAGUCCGCCAAAGAAUUUAUCGCCAGCCGAUGUUGGGGAUUGGAAAUCAAGGUAUCUUCUACCAACACGAAAACGAGUUCUUGAUUUGUUCAUCGCCUGGUUGGAGCAAUAUCAUUUGCUGGAAGAAGAGCCCCACAUUGCGCGACAUCUAACCGAUUUCCUUCUUUCUUCUGUUACGCCAGUGUUCCCAGAGGAAGCAAGCAAUAUUCUUCAGAAAAUUGAACACCUGACGUUUUCGGUACCCCAUAGCGCUACACUUCUUGUUUCUCCUCGUAAACCUCGCAAAUCCAAGGCGUACAAGAACGACUUGUUAAAGAUGGACUACAUCGAUGUCGCUGAACAGCUCGCGCUUCUAGAGUUCCAGCUUUAUGCCAGGGUCUCAAGCCAAGAAUGCCUCGCAUACGCAAAAACCCAGUCUGGGGAUGAAGUAGCGAAACUGAACGUCUUCUGCAGCACACAUGAUAAAGUGGGAGCUUGGGUGAAAUCGAGCAUCCUAAGUAACGGAAUGUUGGUAAAACGCGCUGAUACAAUAGAUUUUUGGAUUAAAGUCGCAGAGAAAUCCCGGCAGUUAAAUAACAUUGCUUCUAUGAGUGCUAUCAUCAUCGCGCUUUCUAGCGUCGUCAUAACUCAAUUACAUUUCACCUGGGCUCAUGUGGGCCGGAAGUCACAUCUUGAUGUUCUACUACGGUUCAACGAUCCUAGUGGCGGCUUUGCAGGUUACCGUAACCUCUUGCAGACCAUUGAGGGUCCAUGUGUGCCGUUUGUGGGCAUGUUCUUGGCGGACAUCGUUCGGAUACGGGAACAGUUUAGCGAUCCGCCAGGGCGAUUUUGCUUCCUGCAACGGCAGAGGUGGUAUGAAACAGUGUCGACGAUGCUCAAGCAUCAGAAACAUCCGUAUGAUAUUCCAUUCAGUCAGCCGACGACUACAUUCAUCCAGAACCGCUUGGAGGAAGGGAUUUCGAAGGAACAGACCUGGUUUUGGAAGACGAGUCAACGAGUUCAACAGUCAGAACUUGCCCACGCCGAUAUACGGAAGGGAUUAGAGGCAGCUGGAUUUUAA